CUCGCGCUCUGCGGAGACGCUAAGAUGGCGGCGGGGAGCUACUACGGCUUUGCGCAGGGUGCUGGCCCGCGGUACAGCGUCCAGCUUCCCAUGGCUUUUCCCCUCCCUGCUGCUGGAGCCAGCUUCGCCGCACAAACUACUCCUGGAAUGGCCCCCACCGUGACCCCGCCGUUUCCCCCCACGGCCACCCAGCCACCCAGGCCCAGCGGCCCAGCAGGGUAUGGCGAGUACCAGCCCCACUCCAUCCAGGACUUUGAUUAUGGCAGUGGACCCCCGGAGCCCGUCCCCACGCCUCCCACUGCUCCCUCCUACCAGGACAGUUAUGGCCCCAGACCCUCGACAGCUGCCAGUACCUAUGAGAACAAACAGUAUCCCGCGCCUGCUGUGGGCCAACCUCAGCUCCCUGCCAUGGCCACACUCUGCCAGCCAGGGAUGGUGGUGAAGUGUGGCUCUGAUUGCUUUCCAGGGACGAAAGGAGCUUACUGUCAGCCCAGCGUUGGCUAUAGCCAAGGGCAGUCUUCACAACCGGCACCCUCUACGGGGGCGGUGCAGCCAGCCAGCGCCCCAUUCUCCAGUUACACCUAUGUCCCAGCGACCAGCAUCCAGCCUGUGGCCUCCCUGUCCACGCUGCCUUCCUACACCCCCUCCUCAUCUUCCUACAGCUCCGCCUCCACCUUGGACACAGGACCAACGUACCUGAGCUAUGACGCGUCGGUGUACUCAGGAGCUGGUCCUCACUACCCUCCGCUGCUCCCCCCACAGAUGCCGCCCCCGCCCCCGCCGCUCCCAAAGCCUGUGGACUCAUCCCCGUGGGAUGGCUCAGGGAGCAGCCCCAGUGCCAGUACUGCUGGCAGCUUCUCCAGGAAGCCACCAGUUCCCACCAAACCCAAGGGCGGGCCCAGGCAGCCCCCACUUCACUACUGCGACAUCUGCAAGAUCAGCUGUGCUGGUUCCCAGACCUACCGUGAGCACCUGGGAGGGCAGAAGCACAAAAAGAAAGAGGCGGCGCAGAAGACGGGCGUGCAGCCCAACGGCAGCCCAUGUGGGGUGCAGGCGAAGCUGCACUGUGACCUGUGUGCCGUAUCCUGCACCGGGGCAGAGGCCUACACCGCCCACCUCCAGGGGGCCAAGCACCAGAAGGUCUAUAAGCUGCACACCAGAUUGGGGAAACCCAUACCCACCAUAGAACCGGCACCCAGGAAAUCCAGCUCAUCCCAGACCACCUGCACCAGCAAGCUGGCCCCCCUCACCACAGAGAGCCCCCCUGUGGCCUCAGCCAAGCCUGGUGCCUGCACUGGCCGCAGUGUGUGCACCCCAAGCAGGCCAGAGCUGGCCAAGAGACCGGGGGCCUGGAAGGCCGCAUGUGUGAGGCCUCCUGAGCCAAAGGCAGCGGGCCGCAGACCCCCAGAAUGGAAACUGGCACACCAGAAAUCACAGGGGCCCAGAGAACUGCCCACCCGAGGAGGCUCUGCGGAAGCUUCUGGAAGCUGCAAUGACUCAGAGCCAGUGGGCCCAGGCUAUGUGGAGGAGGUGUGCAACGACGAAGGCAAAGUGAUCCGGUUCCACUGCAAGCUGUGUGAGUGCAGCUUCAACGACCACAAUGCCAGAGACAUGCACGUGCGGGGGCGGCGCCACCGGCUGCAGUACAAGAAAAAAGUGAACCCUGACCUUCCCAUCGCAAUCAGGCCCAGCAACAGAGUCCGGAAGCUCCUGAAGGAGAAGCAGCAGCAGCAGAAGCAGCUGACCAGGAAGCGGCUGGAGGAGCUGCGGCGCUGGCACGCAGAGAUGAGGUGCUACGACCUGUGCAAGAGGCGGCUGGAGGAGAAGCUGCAGGCCCAGGAUGAACACCUGGCUGGCUCACCGACCGACCAGCACCCCCCGCCCCUCACGCCCCUCACGAGCAGGCCGGGUGUGCCCACGGCCACACCUCGGCUCUCACGGCGCCCAGAGUCCUGUGAUGACCGGCACGUCAUGUGCAAGCAUGGCGCCAUCUACCCCACGGAGGAGGAGCUCCUGGCUGUCCAGAAGGCCGUGUCCCACUCAGAACGCGCCCUCAAGCUGGUGGCCGACACGCUGGCGGAGGAGAAUUCCGGAAGCCCAGCGCAAGAGGGUGGUGAGUGCAGCCCCUCUGCUCGGAUCCUGAAGGGCGUGAUGCGGGUCGGGCUCCUGGCCAAAGGCCUCCUCCUGCGGGGAGACAGGACCGUGCAGCUGAUCCUGCUCUGCUCCCAGAAGCCCACCCGGUCCCUGCUGCGCAGGGUCGCCGAGCAGCUGCCCCAGCAGCUCCAGAUGGUGACAGAGGACAAGUACCAGGUCUCCUCUGACCCCGAAGCUGACAUCGUCAUCUCGUCCUGUGAGGAGCCCAGGAUGCGGCUCACUGUGUGUGUCACCUCGCCCCUGAUGCGGGAGAACCCCUCCACGGACAAAGAAGGAAUGGAAGCUCCUCCACACGACCCAGGGGAUGUCUUGAGCCCAGAAAAGUGUCUCCAGUCACUGGCUGCCCUCCGCCGUGCCAAGUGGUUCCAGGCACGAGCCAGCGGCCUGCAGAACUGUGUGAUUGUCAUCAGGGUUUUUCGGGACCUCUGCCAGCGCGUGCCCACCUGGGGGGCCCUGCCAGACUGGGCCGUGGAGCUGCUGGUGGAGAAGGCUCUGAGCACUGCAAAGCGGCCCUUGAGCCCUGGGGCCGCCGUACGAAGGGUCCUGGAGUGUGUGGCCUCAGGGACGCUCCUGGCAGAUGGGCCCGGGCUCCAGGAUCCCUGUGAGAGAGACCAGAGGGAUGUGACUGGGUCCAUGACCCUCCAGGAGAGGGAAGACAUCACAGCCAGUGCCCAGCAUGCCCUGCGCUUGUUGGCGUUCCGGCAGAUACACAAGAUCCUGGGCGUGGACCCUCUGCCGCCGCCCAAAAGCAGGCCCGGGCCGCGCUUCCGGAAGAGGUCCAGGGAGGCGGGCCAGGCCGAGGACAGCAAGGGCCCGAGGAAGCAGGCUCGUGGGCCGGAGAGGGACAGUGUGAGUGGCCUUACCUCCCCAACGGGACCUGACAUCCCGCCGAGUGGCCACUUCAUCCCUGACACUGGACAGUCAUGUUCUCCUUUCCAGUAACGUCCUGUGGAUUUCCGUAAAAACACUUGUGCUUACAUCACCAGUGAAAUUGCAUGAUCCAGGGAUGAGAACCGCUGGGGGGGGAGCACCCCGCACCCCGAGGUGCCCCGAGUGCUGGGUGGAAAGUGUGGCACAACAGCUUUGAAUCCUGGCACGUCUGCUAGCUUUAAACUCAAGCCGGGGAUACUAAGGGCGUGGGUUCUAAAUUGCUUCCUGUGGACACCCCAGCUGUGUGUGGACUUGAAAUCACGGGGCAGGCCCGUCUGGGGACCCUUGUCUGGGAGGCAGGCCAGGGAGAGCUGGGGGCUCGGCCAAGCCCAGGGCGCAGCGGGGCUCAGCCUGCUCCAAACACCGCCUAGAGGUGGCGCCUCAGCCAGAGCUCUGCAGGGCCUGAGCCGGGCUUCCCCCCACCCGCCCAGCCUCCCUUGGGGAGGGCGACACGGCCAGGGGUGGUGAGCAUGCAGGUCGAGUGCUCCUCUGGUCCCCCAGAAACAUCUGUGAGCCUGCAGUCCGCCCUGACCCAGAGCCCCCUGCCCCCCCAACCACUGAGCGCCUUCUGCUUACAGAGGGGCUGCUCUGUAACGUCCCAGUUAGGGCUGGGUUCGCCCAGUGUCUUUCUCCCAUCCUCCCUGCAGAGGUCUGGCCUACCUGGGUCCAGGGCUCGCCUCCUGGUGCAGGACUCAGGGUCAGACCCCUCCUGGUUCUGAUGGGCAUGGGGGCACUCCCUGCCCAGCCCCUGCCCUGAUUUGUUCAAACCUUCCUUUUCGGCAAACAGGUUUUUUGGCCGGCUGCCCAAUGGCCUUGAAGGAGAGAGUCCAUCUUUGUACCAAUGCAGUUACAGUCACUUGAUUCCUUUGAUUUCAUGUCUAUGUUUAAGGCACAGCCUCUACGUGGCUUCAUAUCUAGUGUCUUUGUAGAGCUACCUGGAAGUUUGGUGGGGGGAAUAAACG